AUGGCUAUGCCCAUGGGCUUCGCCGCGCAGAUCAAGGUGCUGCAAGAAACGCAGCGCGAGCAAGCUGAACGAAUCGCCUUCCUAGAGCAGGAAAACGCGGAGCUCAAGGCUUCGGAAGAUCAAAACCUUGUCGCACGAAUCGACGCGCUUGAACGGCACAACGUCCACCUCACGGCGCGACGCAAAGAAGCAGUUGCCCAGCUUCUCAACUUACGCACCCUUCACCAGGAAGCCAACAACGCGUUUCACUUGCGCUCGAUUGAUAUACAGCCUGACGAUCUUGAGGGUGUGCUUGUUGUAUACGGCACCUCAAUCACGUCUGUUGUCAACCAUCAUCAGCGCGCACUGGCACACCUAAGUGUUGGAAGUCAACUCGCGCAAACGCCGAUGUACAGCACGACCGCCCCAUACCCUCGCUACAUUAACCAAGGCUGCCUACCAACUAGUCCGAUGCCUAUUGGGUAUGCGUAUCCAGCGGCUUACGCUCAGUCGGGAUAUUGCCUUGCUCACAACAUUCCCUACCCAUGUCGAAUGUGCGAUCGAUAG